GUUCACGUCAAAGCUUCACUGGGAGCUGAGCACGACUCUCACCACCAACCACUUGCUGUCCAUCGUGGCGUUAUCCAACACUUUGAUGUCGAUGAGCAACGCCAGCUUCGUUCCCGAACAGGAGGUUGCUAGGAGGCUUCACAGACCCUCAACCCGUAGCAGCACAUCAUGGGCCGGCGACGAGGAGCGCGAGGAGCAGCUGGCCGCCCAGCAGGCCCACAUCAAGCAGGGCUGGUCGCUGCUGGCCACGCUUCACUGCGUGCUGUUACCGGACAAGGUGGUCGCUGCGGGUGCGAAGAGCUUCAAGCGGCCGCAGGUGGAGAUGCUCGCCCGUAGGUGGCAGCACCACUGCCUUGAGGUCCGUGAGGCCUCGCAAGCGCUCCUGUUGGCUGAACUUGGCAGACUAGGCCCCAAAGGCCGCAAGGCACUAGUGGACAACUGGGCACAGUACUUACCGUUAUACACCCACACUGAGAGCAUCAAUCCACACGCCACUCCUAAGGAACCUGUUGAAAAGCAAGAAGAAGAAUUUGAAGAAGAAGAAGAGGAGAUAGUCCGCAAGCCGUCUUCCCUGGCCGAGCUGAAACGCAAGCAGACCACAGCUGUCGUGCUGCUGGGUGUUAUAGGCGCCGAGUUUGGGCAGGACAUCACCAGUGAGGGCGCCGCGGGCAAUAAGAGGCGUAAGGACGGAGACAGCAGGAAGAGUUCCGUCGUCGAAGGGUUCACACUAAGUGCCUCGAACAACCUGGCGCGUCUCACAGCGCUCGCUCUAACGCACUUACUUCUGGCACCGGCCUGUGCGCGUUUACCGGCGCACACGCCGCUGCGACGAGCCGCCGUUGAUUUACUUGGAAGAGGGUUCGCAGUCUGGGAGCCCUACCUCGAUGUCAGCCAUGUGCUACUUGGGCUCCUAGAGAUGUGCUCGGACGCCGAUAAGCUGGUCCCGUCGAUGACGUACGGGCUGCCGCUCACGCCGCAAGCGGACUCCUGCAGAACCGCUCGACACGCCCUUACUUUGAUCGCUACGGCCCGACCUGGGGCCUUCAUUACAACCAUGGCUCGUGAGGUAGCCCGUGUGGCCGCGGCCCAGCAGGCCGGGCAGCCGUCGCCGGCGUCGCACGCGCUCCACAAAGGCCGUGCCGAAGUGUUGCGCGGGAUUGAACUGCUGAUCGACAGGAUGCACAACGAAGUCGCUGAAUUACUAGUCGAGGUUAUGGACAUCAUCCUCCACUGCGUAGACCAAUCUCAUCUCAAGAGUAAAGGCCUGAACGAGGUUUUCCCGGCCAUCUGCCGCUACAACCAAGUCUCGCACUGCCCUGCCACCAGAAGGAUCGCUGUGGGCAGCCACACGGGCCAGCUAGCCAUGUACGAGCUUCGCGCCGGCCGCUGCCAGUCACUUGCUGCGCACAGCGGGCCCGUCACAGCUUGUGCCUUCAGCCCCGACGGACGAUACCUGGUGUCCUACGCCACGGCCGACAACCGGCUGUCCUUCUGGCAGAGCACAGCAGGCAUGUUCGGCCUAGGCGCCGCCCAGACACGCUGCGUCAAGUGCUACAGCACGGCACCAAUGGCGGACGUCGCUCGCCUCAACCCGGCCAGGCUGGCGCGCCUCGUCUGGGCCAAUAGCCGCACCGUCACGCUCAUGCUUGCUGACGGCUCCGAGACUAGGUUUAACGUGUAGACACAACUCAAUAACAGCUUACUGACGAAAAAUAAUGACUUACUGACGUCAUAUAAUAACUUGCUGACACCUAUCACCAACUUAUUGACGUCAUUCAACUUUGCACCGUCACGCUCAUGACAUAAUUUAUAAUAACUUACAACAGCCUACUGACGCCUCGUCUGGGCCAAUAGCCGCACCGUCACGCUCAUGCUUGCUGACGGCUCCGAGACUAGGUUCAACGUGUAGGCUAGGAAACACCAGACACUAGAUUACACACCAAACACAGCCUGACUGACGUAAAAUAAUGACUUACACGCCAAUAAACUGCUUGCUGACGUCAAAUAAUAACUUACUGACGACUAGCACCGGCUUACUGACACCAAAUGACUCUGAGACUAGGUUCAACGUGUAGGCCAGGGCAGACACCACACACUAGAUUACUGACGCCAUUUAAUACCUUGCUGAAGUCAUAUAAUACUAUCUGACACCAUAAGACUCUAGAUUUGCCGCGCUAGAUUCAGACACAAGCCUUGAUAGUAAAUACCAGCUUACUGACGCCACAUAAUAACUUACUGACUCCAAACAACUGCUUGCUGACGUCUCCUAAUAACUUACUGACGUUAAACGUAUUAAAAUAUGGCUCUGAGACUAGAUUCAACGCGUAAUCACGUGUUUGUACUACAUGAAGCAAUAAAGGUAUUAAAUUUUGAUUAUUAGAUACCAAAUACCGGCUUCUGACGACAAAUUGCUUGCUGACACUAAUCACCUGCUUACUGACGGCAGCAAUAGUCCGGUCGCCGAGCACGUAGAAUUUCGUCCAAUGACCCCAAGCUACCUAUCCUUAUCGCUCGCGCGUAAUUAUAUUGCUGUUGCGACUGUGCGACGGGCGGCCGUAGUGAGUGUACGAGCGACGAAUUUCUACGUGCUCGGCGACCGGAUUUCAAAUAAAAUUUCAACACUAAAUAAAUAUUUUAUAGAUAUAAAUGUAUAAUGACGUUAAGACAUUCGCAUGUACUAUUGUAUUUUCAUGUAAUUUUGAGGACAGGUGUGAAGUAUUAUUAUGGAGAGGCUUAACUAAAAUUGACCUUAUUUUUUGAUAUGUAAGGUAUAUUAUUCAUUGACUAACAUCAGUAAUUAUAUUCUUUAUUUUAUUUUAGAUAUUAUUGAACUUAGUUUAGGCCGAUUUAUUGGUUUUAGUCCUUUUUGUUGUACUGAUAUGCAGUUCAUAGCAUAUUUAUCUAUUAAUUUCUUUAAUUACGAACCUUAUAAAAAGAUACAAAGUCGGAAAUGCUUUGGAUAAAUCUGCCGUUGACUGUACUAUGAAGAAAAUAUUGCAAAUUAAUUAAUAUUCAAAAUAACCUGUGUCUAAACUAAUUCUUAAUUCUUAUAAUUAAUUUAUUUUCGUCUC